UUUGUGCGGGGAGCGUCUCUCUGGAAGGAAGCCCUCCGCCUGUCCGCUGCCAUGGCGCUGUGGAGGGCCCUGGCGCUGGGCUGCGUGGCCUUGUUUGUGGCCUGGACGGGCACCGGCGUCGGCGGGCAGAAGAAGAAGGAGAUGGUGCUUUCAGAAAAAGUUGGUCAACUGAUGGAGUGGGCCAGCAAAAGAUCUGUCAUUCGACUAAAUGGUGACAAAUUUCGCCGUCUUGUAAAAGCCCCGCCGAGAAACUACUCUGUGAUUGUUAUGUUCACCGCUCUUCAGCCUCACAGACAAUGUGUUGUGUGCAAACAAGCCGAUGAAGAAUAUCAGAUCCUAGCAAACUCCUGGCGAUAUUCAACCGCAUUUACCAACAGAGUCUUUUUUGCGACGGUGGAUUUUGAUGAAGGUUCUGAUGUAUUUCAGAUGCUAAACAUGAAUUCAGCCCCGACAUUCAUUAACUUCCCACCCAAAGGGAAACCAAGAAGAGGGGACACCUACGAACUUCAGGUGCGGGGAUUUGCUGCUGAACAGCUGGCCCGCUGGGUGGCCGAUAGGACCGACGUCAAUAUCCGGGUAAUAAGGCCUCCAAACUACGCUGGGCCCUUGAUGUUGGGACUGCUGCUGGCUGUGAUCGGUGGCCUGGUUUACUUGAGAAGAAGCAACCUGGAUUUUCUGCAUAACAAAACAGGCUGGUCUUUUGUGGCACUGUGUUUUGUCCUUGCAAUGACAUCAGGCCAAAUGUGGAAUCACAUCAGAGGACCCCCAUACGCUCAUAAGAAUCCUCACAGUGGUCAAGUGAACUACAUCCAUGGAAGCAGUCAAGCUCAGUUUGUUGCCGAAACUCACAUUGUUCUUCUGUUUAAUGCAGGCGUGACCCUCGGCAUGGUGCUUCUGCACGAAGCUGCUACCUGUGACAUGGAAGUGGGGAAAAGAAAACUCAUGUGCGUGGCUGGCAUUGGCCUGGUGGUCUUGUUCUUCAGCUGGCUGCUCUCAAUAUUUAGGUCGAAAUACCACGGCUAUCCCUACAGCUUCCUACUGAGUUAAGGAAUGUUACGACUUGGCUGUCUAUGCGGAACGGAACUGACGUGUUCAGCGUGCCUGGUUCAUGCUACCUCUCUUUGAAAAGAACAAGAUGGUUGCACGCCAAACCAAAGAUGCUGAGUGCCUUCACACGACAAAUAAUUUGCCCUGAUUUUCGUGGGGGGAUUGUGAAGGCAACAUUAAUGCUCUCUAUUUACCUUUGUUAAGCCUAUUGUAAUUGGGAAUUGAGAAACUGGGCUUUGUUUCUAAUUUGUUAAAGCAAUAAAACUUAGAACACAAUUCAGAAACCCCCGUUAGGUAUGCUCUGUACAGGAGUAGAGGAUACUAACAUCCCCCCCACCCCACUCCCACCUGCAGCUCUUUGCAUAGCAUCAUGGGGUAUUUCCCAAUCUCUUCCUGAGAUUUUAGAGGAGCUUUCAGGGCACUGGCUUGGUGGGCGUUGUCAUGUGCUCUUAGGUGGUUGCUCUCAUUUUUCAAAAGGUCAUUUUUCCAGUACUUGUUAAGAUUUAUCUUCAAACCAAAUUCUCUUUCCUGUUGUGGAGGAGUCCACAAAGUAUUUACCUCCUUCCGUCCUACCGUAUUCUGUCCCAAUGUUGCUGAAAUGGGGGAGGUAUCUACCAUGUUUCUGUCCUACAAGGAGGAGUCCACAAAGUAUUUAUCCUUCUGUCCUAACGUAUUCUGUCCUUAUGCCGCUGAAAUGGGGAAGGGGUGCCUACCAUUUUUCUGUGCUACAGUGUAAAGUGGCAAGUGGUCCUUUGGGAAGAGAGUAGUGGGCUCUGAAUGCCAUUAAAAGUGACACCACCGAAAGUAACUUGGAUGGCUUCCCUGAGUGUUAGCACUUUCCCUCUUAAAAGAGAGAGACUAGAUCCCCCGCUCUGCUGACCUGCACUGGCAAUCUGCUUGAGAGAACGCUUUCAGGACGACGACGCCUCCAUUCCUGCAACUAAACUCUCACAGGCUGAUUCCGCAUGGGCCAAAAACAGCAGUGUGAAAACGGUGUGAAAACAGUAUAAACCCUUUUACACCAUUUUAAACCCUUUUACACCCUUUUCACACCAUUUUCACACUGCUGUUUUUGGCCCAUGCGGAAUCAGCCACAGCUCCAGAAAACACCUUGGGUGUCAACAUUGUUUUGAAGGCCUGUAGCAAAAGUUUCUCUCAUUCAGGGGCUUCUGUAUAAUUCAUGAUUUAAUUGUUUGUCUCUGAAGGAUGCAAAGCCAGGAUCUGUGUUUAUCGUGUACAGAAGCCUGCUGAACAUACUCUGAUCUUCCAGCGACGGUUGGUGUGCUCAGAUUUGAUGAUUCCAAUUAUCUGUUUUUUGGGGGAGCAGGAAAGAGAUUCAGUUCCCACCCCUCCAAAGUGAGUGGCGGGUUCUUUUAAAGCAGGUUGUGCCGUCAGUCUGUUCGAUUCUGCGUAGACAGUGGCCAUGCCUGCUGCUUUAAGCACUAGAUGCUGGAUUAAUUUUUUUUUACCCCACCUAGGAUCCUUCUGGCACGUGGGACCCAAUCCACGUGGACGUAUGAUAUUGUGUCAUCGUAUUCAUGCCUUUGUUUGACUGGGACAAUAAACAUCCAAGAUGUGUGCAUCUCACUUUCAGAAUUCAGGCUGAGUGGCAAACCUGCUGGCCUUCUGCUGCUGUGGACUUUGAAUGGCGACUAUUUCUAAAUGCAGAGAGGUGUGGGCCUGUGUGUGUGUAGCUCCUUAUUUUGAGAUCAGAAGUUUAGUGGGAGAGGGACAUAUUCUGCUUUAGCUGUGGAUUUUGUUUUGGUGCCCUGAUAAGAAUUAGGAUUCAAACGGCACAUUUUUCCAUCUGUCCCACUCCCGUAAAAGGUGCUUUGCUUAGUUUUCAUAGUGAUGCCCAGGUGCCUUGAGGAAAUCGUUUAAGGGUUGUAGGGGCCGUAUUGAAUAUGGAAAGCUGGCUGCUUAGCUUGAUCACCGUCUCCUGCAAGGCAGCGGAAUCGUAGACGCGCAGGAACAAUCUACUGUUUCUCCUCAGCGGGAGGGGGAAACAUUGUUUUUAAAAAUCAAGAAGUCGCUGCUCCUCAGCUCUGUAAUUCUCUCUUAUGCAAGUUUGCUGUGUUUAAUUACACAUUUCAAGUGCCUUAAUUCAGUCUGUUUUUUGGUAUUAACUCCUGAAUGUUUCCAGACAUGUUUUUAUACCAUUCAAAGCAACCAGUUGUAGCUCAGACACUGAAAUAACUGAUUUAGGUCUUGGAUGGCUUUCAAUAAAUACUUUACAGCCUUC